AUGCGUUUAUAUCGUGGUGUGAAACUGUCGAAUGAAGAGCUUGAAGUGUUGAGAAGCAACGAAGGUCAAUUAAUGUCUACCAAUGGAUUUUUCUCAACAACUCGCUCUCAUGAACUCGCCAUCCGUUUCGCGUCUAAACCAACGAAACGAACAGAUGUUGUGGCAGUCGUAUUUGACAUUGAAGUGGAUAUGAGUAAAACAAGCACUGUGUUUGCUGACAUUGCUGACUUGAGUGCUUUCCCUGACGAGCAAGAGGUGUUAUUCGAUCUGGGUGCAGUCUUUGAGAUCUGUUCGGUCAAGCUUGAUGAGAAGCAGUAUAUUUGGCUGAUCAAGAUGCAAGCAAGUGACAAAGGGACAGAAGUGACACGAGAGUAUAUUACAGUGAAUCAGAAAGAGCUGGAGGAGACGAGUGUGGGGCCUGGAUCUCUGCUUGAUAACAUAGAGAUUUACGAAGAAUAUUAUCCAAAUGAAGAUAGAGGCACGGCAGAUACUCUCAAUAAUGUUGGUGUUCUGUAUGGCAGCAUGGAUGAAUAUGAUCGUGUACUCGACUAUCUUCGUCAAGCUCUGAGAAUACUUGAAUCAAUUCAUCAAAAUCAUCCAGAAACAGCUGCAAGGCAAUAUUUAUUGAUGAGAACAAUAUCGUCUCAACAAGAUGAACGAUACGUUCAUCCAUCGAUUGAUCGUCUUAUAUGCAUGAAAGCAGGUGUUACAGUUCGAAAACUACCAUCGUCUACUCAACAAUAUUCCACUCUUCCUCAAACAAUGCCCGUACCUGAGCAACAACAAUCAAAUUCAUCAUCGCGGUUAUUUCCAAAAUUAUUUGGUAAUAAAAAGUUAGAAUCAAUUUUGGCUCGUUUAGAUGACCCUCAUAUGAAUCCACAACUAGUGGAAAAUAUGGAUGAGUCAAAUCCAAAUAUUGUACUCGAAUAUUUAUUAGAGUCAAAUAAAUAUACUCAAAUAACCAAUAAUUUGUCCGACGAUGAUAUUACAAUUAUACUUAAAUAUUUUAACGAUUUUCUAGCAAAAAAUUAUCAAGGUAAUUUUCAAAAGUUACGUGAAUUAAAGAUUUACAAACCAUUGUGGGGUUUAUCAUCAUCCAUGUCAUCUGAAUUUGACCAUUCAUCUUCGAAAAUUUAUCACCAACAACAAUUGUGUUGUUCUCUCGAGCAAUUCAACUAUGUUUACAUUCUCAAUGAAGAUUGGUCAAAUUUGAUGCGUCGUUCGUUUAAAAAAAACUUUUUUACCGAACAAUUUCAUGAGAAAAAGAGUGUCUUGUUAAUGCAAAAAAAAAUUGAACCAUUAACAAAAAUAUUUGUCCAUUUACGUUUUCAUAUACCAACAGAUAUGGAUAUAUUCUUACAAUUAUGUUUGCCAGGUUUUCGUAAACUCGAUGUUAAGUCACAAUCAAACUUAUUGAAAUAUUUUUCCGAUGAUAUUGAUGAAAAAUUGUUCCAGCAUGAAAAAGAACAAUGUCGAAAGUUAUUGCAUGACAAAUUGGAAAUAUAUUCACAAUCAACAUCAGAAGACAAACAACAUUUUAUGCAAACAAGAUCUUCAGUAAGUAGUCCAUUAAUUCGCUUGUUUAAAAUCGAUCUGUAAUUCGACUCUUUUUUCUAGCGUGA